AUGGUCAAUCAACAAUUUACACCACAACAAAGACAAGCAUUUGAAGCGUUUGCUGAAUAUCCCUGGGAUUCAGACGGUGUGUUCCAAGCUGGCCUUGAGAAUAUCAUAGCGGGUUUGCCCAAGGAGAAAAACAGCGGGGACAACAAGCCGACAAAGCUGGAAUUGCAGAAUCGCCAAUUGCUACGAGCCAAGCAUUUCUUUUUUACAAGAUUCAGACAAAACUUUGAUCUCGACGAGUAUCUUGACUAUGAAAAGUAUAAGAAUAUCCCUGUCGAAGAAAGUCCGGCUGUCAAGGCGUAUCGACGUUUGGAAGUUUAUGAUUUUGAAAAUGAUACCAAGUUUUUGGCCGGGUUGCCGACAAUUGUUCGUGGUUGGGUCAAGCAGCAACAAGAACAGGGCAAUUGGGACAAGGCUCGCAUGGACGAAGAGUAUAUUAGAGCUAAAGCAUUCUAUUAUGCAUCUUGUGUGGAGCCUGUUCAUGUUGGAGACUAUAUCGCUUGGACAAAGGAUCGCAAGGAGGCGUCUCAGCCAGCAUGUCCAUAUGCACACAUGUGGCAAAACAAAAAACGCUCUGGAGAUGCAGAGGAUGAAACAUCCAACGAUGGAAACUCAUUUGCCUCGACAGAAGAACCAAAACUGGGGGGUGCGGCGACAAUUACUUUCUCUGGCCCGAAAAGCGGCAACGUGUUGACCAUCGAUCGACUGGGCGAACUAAGCAACCAGCUUGAAAAGGCAGAAAACAGCAAGCGAGUGACAAGUCGAGUUUUACGACCUGUUGCUACAUCCACCUCGACCUUUUCUGUCUCCACUAUGGAUACACGGAACGGCCAGACCACUGUCAAAGACGGCAAAUGUACUAGCGUAGGACUUGCCUUUGCGGAAACAGCAAGCAAAGUCGGCAAGGACGACACCAAGAAUUUAGUGGCAUCACUCGAUGCUGUGGCGGAUGCAUACUACAACUUUGUCUUGGACACGUUCCAACAACAAAAGACGACAGUCACAGUGUUUGAUGCUGCGAUACCCAAUAAUGCACCUUAUGUUGGCCUCUGGCACGGAUUUGUUCGCGUUAUCACGGAGGAUACGUUUUUAGAUAUGGGUCUGCAGUUAUCCUAUGCGCCUGUACCGCCACUUUUAUUGCUAUCAUUGUGUCGUCCGCGCAUGCAGAGCAAACAACCCUUGGCACCAGGCACAGAGCUGUAUCUUGCAUUGGCACCACCCGAGUUGGUGCGAUUGCGUGCUCCAGAGCUGCUGCGGUUGGGCCUUGCCGAUGUGUUUGUGCCAGAUGCCCGUUUGAAAGAAGCGGUGGAUGGCGUGAAGAGGAUGGCAAUGUGUCCUGAACCAGAUACGGCCAUGGCUCUUCAGUUAGUGCUGGCUGCUUAUCAUUCAUACCCGGGUCCUGACCGUUUAGGUGUGUGGGAGAAAGAGAUUCAACAAACAUUUGGGUCAUCCAAAACUUUGGAGGAGCUCAAGACCAAGUUAAAAGGCAUGGACACUCGAUGGAGCAACAAGAUAUUGGAUCAUUGGAAAUCAUUACCGCCAGCGCUUGUCGAGGCUGUGUUCAAGGGUGUGAAAUCGUGUAGUGAAAUGGAUCCAGUCAAAGUACUCGACUUGGAACGACAGUUGAACUGUCGAUGGCGCCGUACCAAAGAGUUUGAACGAUGGCAUCGACAGGACUUGACGACAGCCGAUACCAUGGACUCGGAAAGCGUUGAUUUCUUUUUCAAAGAGUCAGAAAAAACUGACGCGGAGGAUAACGCGACAACCGUUGUUUAUGAGGCACCCAAAGAGGAUACCGAUGAUACAGUGGCUGUAUGUCCAAUUACUGGUCAACGUUCGGACGGAGCGGCGGUGUGUCCUAUCACGGGUCAAAAGGAAACCGAUAAAUGUCCUGUCACUGGACAAAGCUCGACAGCAACGGGAGCCGCGUGUCCUGUCACAGGUCAGCGACAAGAAGAACACGAUGUAUCAGCAUGUCCUGUCGCAGGAAAGAAAGUAUCGGAUGCGCAAACAAUGGUGUGUCCAGUAACCAGACAACAAGCAGCAUCAUGUCCAGUAACUGGGCAACAGGCCGAGGUGCAAUAA